CAAGGAAGCUUUAGCUGUUAUCUUGCAGUCGGUGUAAAUUUGGCUUACUACUUAAUUAUAACUGAGCUCUAACAAAAACUACUAUCUGACAAAAAGUACCCGUGCAUAACUAUAUUAGUUUUCCCUACCAAACAAAAGCCUGAAACUUUAUAUAACAUUUUUUUUCUUAUGUCAUGAAUUUGAGCAAAAUGUCAGCAUGUCAUAUCUGGAUUUGUGUUCCUACGUUGGCAGUCCUGCUGAUACUUUACAGUUUGACAGAUGUUUUUAAACCUAACGUCGACAGUGUUAUCGCAUCCACAAUCAGUGAUACCAAUAAACUUGGCGCCAGAGCAGUACCAACAUUGCAGCUGUUAAUCGUUUUCACCCGUCAUGGAAGCAGAGGUCCUAGAUUUAACUACCCGAGUAGUCCAUACCAUCCCCUGGAUACCAACUAUUGGCCUAAUGGUUGGUUGGAGAUCACAGCCAGAGGUCAUGUCCAAAUGUACAAAUUAGGGAUGAAGUUCCGCUCCUUGUACAAUGGCUUUCUGGACCGCAUAUAUCGCCUGGAGGACUUGCAAGCCAACAGCACUCUGUUGACACGGACUAUGAUGAGUGCGAGUCAGUUCCUGGCGGGGUUGUUCCCUUCUCGUGACUACCAAUUGUGGAACAAAUAUUUACCCUGGCAACCCGUGCCGAUAUACCCUACUUACAAAGACCACCAAGAGAUCGCGUACGCUAUGUUUGCUAUGAAAUGUCCUAGAUUCUACGAAGCUUGGAACAAGUCUGUGGCAGAAUCCUUCCUCAGUAAUAGGCAAAAUAUUACCAAUCUGCUAAAAUACGCAAAACCUUUCACAAAAAUAGAUUUUGAUGAGUCUUUCAAUGACACCCAGUCGGCUUGGAUGACAAUCUUCACGAUGUGGGAGUCUAUCUUUCCGAUAAUUGAAGAAGGACUUCCACUGCCCAGUUGGAUGGACGAAGUCUAUCAGCGAAACUUGACUUUCUUGGCCGACCGAACAAUGAGGGCGGCUUCUGUGGGCUCGGACACACAGAUUAGAUUAAUAGAGGGUGUAUAUUUUAAGGAAAUUACGAAACUGAUGAGGUCGAAGAUCGAGGGUACCCUGCGCCCAGACAGGAAGAUGUUCUACUUCUGCGGGCAUGAUUUUACCCUCCUGGGAUUACAAGGUGUCCUGGGAUUGACGCACGAUCCAACUGGCCGCCUUAAUGCAAGGACGGGAUCUGCCUUAAUAUUCGAGCUCCACAAAGAUCUGCAAACUGAGAUGUUUUACGUUCAGGUAUUGUACAUAGACGGAGCCUCUCCAGAUUUGGAACCCCUAGACAUCAACAUCCCCGGCUGUGACUCUCCCUGUGACUUUCAUCUGCUGAUGAACAUCACUGAGAAAUACCACAACAUUACAAACUGGAAGAGAGAGUGCCAAAUUAUAGACAUAUAGUUAAUUGCUUCAAUACUUUUUGUCUAAAUGUCUAGUUAAUUCGUGUUAAAAUUAAUCUUAUAAUACAAACAAACAAAAUAUAGUUAAUUUCAGAAUGUGUACAGUUUUAAAACUCUAUUGGUUUUAGUUACAGAAUGUUAACUGAUUUAACCUAACAUUUUACUUUUAACGUAUAACAUAUUUUAUUUCAAUUUUUUUGAAAAUUUAUUUAUCAUUAGAGUGGAGGUGACCAGGCAAGAUCGCUUAGUUUUGAAAUUGCUUCUCUUUUUCAAUAGCUUUGUAUGAUAUUUUUUUUUAUUCUAAAUAAAUUUGUAAACCUCAGUUGAAAUAAAAUGGACCAGUGUCAGUUUUAAAAUGAUUAUGUUGUUUUAUCUUUAAGAUAAUAGUAAAUCAAUUAUAAAUUUCUAUCGAUAUUUCCAAAUGACGAAUUUAUAAGUUUGUUAAUUUAAUUAAUUUUUCAGGCUAUGAUCCCAAAUAUGCGUAUAAAAUUAAUUAUACUAGCACUGUUUAGUAUUAACAUGCCUGUAUUUAAUCCGGGGUUUUUACUGCAUGAUUCAUAAAAGGUUUGAUAACUCUCUACUGGAAAGACUAUAAUUUCAGAUCGUAGUUAAAUUGCUAUAAAUGUUUAGGUAUUUCCUACCAUUGUUCAAUAAACUUUACCUGUAUUAGACUUAGUUACGAAAUGUAAAUGUAUUACUUAUAAGAAUUAACUCAUUAUUGAAACAAAUAAAUUUAUUUGU